AAAUUAUCGUUCUAUCUGUCACUUUGUCAUUGGAGAUGUUUCUCAUUUUAUAGGAUACUUUGCCCUCUUCAAAAGAGAACGAGAGAAGUUAUUACGGCCUUCCCUCCUCGUCUUCCUUUUAAGUGCCCUAACUGGCUAACUGAGAUAUUGAAUCCGGCAAUGCCGUUCAAGCUUAGGUGGGCCUCUUUCUCUGUGUCUGUGUGUGUGAUUGUUUGAAAUCUUCCAGAGAACUACAUUCUGAGUCUCUAUUUCUGGCGGACUUUGUGCAGGUCUUGCUUUUCAUCUCUAAGAUCAGAGUAAACGACACCAUUGUGAUUGAUCAUUUCUUUUGCUUAUCAGUUCACCAUACAUCUCCAGAGUGGAGCUUCUCACCCUCUCUCUCUUUCUCUCUAUCUGAUCUUUGUUGGAAUGUUCAAAGGGGUUGAGGGUUUAGUUGGAGAGAGGGAAAGUCUAGACAAACAAUACUGGAUUGAUACAUCUUCUAAUCCUCCUGAGCAAUGGGUAAACUGAGUUCUCCACCCUCAAGAAAGCUUUGCCCCUACGUCACUAGCAAGUGCUAAAAGCAAGCUCUCUCAUUUUCAGAUCAUCAGAAGAUAAGACGACUGGACUGGAACCCUGGGAAGGUACAUAAGGAAUUUUGUUUCGUUGAUGGAUCUGUCAUGGAUUAGUGCCUUCUUUAUCGGGGCAUGCUGCCUUGCUUUGGGUUACCUAAUUGCAACUCGCCGCACCACUCGAUUCAUUGUCUCUGCUACAGAAAAUGCUGCAGCUGCUGUGGCUGAAUCUCUAGAAAUUGAAAAGCUUGCUGAUAUUGUUGAAGACUUCAAGAUGGUAUUGGUUGUGAGGAGUGACUUGAAGAUGGGUAAAGGAAAGAUUGGUGCCCAAUGCAGUCAUGCAACUUUGGGUCUCUACAGGAGGCUCUUUCGCAAAGCGCCAAAAGCUCUGAACAGGUGGGAGAUGUGUGGGCAAGUUAAGGUAGUUUUGAAAAUUGAAAGUGAGGAAGAGCUGCUGGUUUUGCAGAAAAGGGCAAAAUCACUCAAGUUACCAACUCAUGUUACUGUUGAUGCUGGGAGGACACAGAUUGCACCAAAUUCCCGGACAGUGAUGGCUAUUCUGGGACCUGCAGAAGUGGUUGAUGAUGUCACAGGUGGACUGAAGCUUUUGUAGUGCUUUUUGUUAUCUGCAAGUUUGCGAAUCUUGGCUAUUCAGUAGAAUGCAAAACCCUACCCAGAGUGGAAAGCUCCUGGGGACCCAACUUCAUGGAUAGUACUUGUUAGUGAGAAGAAAAUGGUUGUUUCUUUUGUUCAAUUUUGGAUUCAAUGGGUUAUUGAUGAUGACUCUGAUCUAUUUACAUUUAAAACAACCCAAAAGAGAAAAGGUUUUAUUUGGAUUCAUUGACCAAGUUGCAACUUGCAAAGCUUCCAGGAAUCAUCAUCAUAUUGGGUUUGAUAGGUUCAAGUGCAUUUGGAGGCCCCUCCAUUGGCCAUCGUAUUAGAUUUUAUAAGUUGAAUCUCAUUGGUUUAUUAUGGUCUCUGUUUCUGCACAUGGUUCCUUCGGCAUGCGGCAGGGCCUUCAGGAGUCCUAAUUUUGUUUGAUCUUAACAAUUUGUACUUGAUUUUUUUCAGUUUGAGCUUCUUGGAUUGGUUUUUGAGGUUGCCAAGUGGUUGUGUGUUAUGGUGCAAGUUCAAAGAUUUUCUCUGA